AUGAUACCAUAUUCCACAGAGUCGUUUUUGUUUGUAGCUCAAGGUGGUGAUCCCACUGGUACAGGUGAAGGUGGUGAAUCUAUUUAUGGUUCGCCAUUUAAAGAUGAGUUUCAUCAGAGACUCAAGUUCAAUAGACGUGGUCUGGUGGGAAUGGCCAAUGGAGGAAAGAAUGAUAAUACCUCACAGUUCUUUAUAACGCUGGGAAGAACUGAUGAACUUAAUAAUAAGAAUACAUUAUUUGGGAAGGUGACUGGUAAUACUUUGUAUAAUUUAGUAAAAUUUAAUGAAAUUUCAACAGAUAAUACUGACAGACCUUUGAACCCACCAAUGAUAUUUAAAACUGAGGUAUGUGAUUUAAAAAAUAAUAUUAGAAUAUUAAUAAUAUUAAAUAUUAUAAUGAUACAGUAUAGUCUCUCUUAA